AUGGAUGAAAGCAGAGACUCCGAUAGUGUUAUUGUGGCUCAGAUUGUUGGUGAUGGGACUUAUCUGUUCUCAGCACCUAGCAGUGUGUACUGGCUCAGCUCCCGUUAUCGCAUCCCGAUUCUUACCGUCAUUCUCAACAACAAGGGCUGGAACGCGCCCUGGGUAUCAAUGCAGCUCGUUCACCCUACAGGUGAAGGGUCUAGAGCUUCGAAUCGCGAUCUUCACAUCAGCUUCGACCCGUCACCGGAUUACGCAGGUAUCGCCAAGGCCGCUGGAGGAGACAUGGUGUGGACAGGAGUCGCAGAAACGACAGGAGAUUUUGCGGCAACUAUCAAGGAGGCCAUCCAGCUGGUAAAGUCUGGGCGGACAGCCGUCGUGGAAUGUAAAAUACCGGGAAUUGAUCCCACAGUGGGAUAG